AUGAAGAAGUGGAAGGACUGUAAUAGAGCAGCAGGGGGUGUGAAGGGAGCUAAAAACAACUCCAGAACAAGGAUACAAGAGACACAUCAGAGAUCCUCAAGUUUCUGGUUCAAGAUGAAGGCCCCUCUACUCUUCGCUCUGCUCUUCACCACAGUCCUCUGCCGACCGGCAAGGAAGUAUUCUGUGAGCAGCUCCGAGAGCUCUGAGGAGAUGGGACGUCCCAGCCUGGCACUCAGUCCACAGACUGCUCUGGUGUCACCCUCCUCCUCAGGGUCUCUGUCCUCCUCUCCACAGCAUGUGUCAGUGUCCAGCAGCAGUGAUGAAAGCAGUCAAGCAUCAGAAGAACAGGUGGUUGCAGAUGUCGCGGUGCAGGUGAAGUCUGCUAUCUUGGAAUCCUUGUCCGAGUUAGUGUCUGCGACAGCCUCCACCUCGGUCUCCACACAGAGCCCUGAUAGUGUGGAAAGCGAUGACGACGACGAUGAUGAUGAUGAUGAAGAGGAGGACGAUGACAAGGAUGAGGGCGAUACUGAGGAGUCAGAGAGCUCUGAGUCUGGUGAGGCCUCAACUGUCUCCACAGCCACCGACUCUCCGGUGAUUGUGACCGAAGACGUCACCACAGCAACCGUGGUGGAGGAGAUGACCCCAGACCCCAUCAGCCCCACCAUUGUGACGGACAACGCAGGUGACUCUGGUCGUGGAGACAGCCUGGGCUCCUAUCCCAGCGAGUACAAGAGCAUUGUGUACGUGGAAGACAAGUCCUACCACAAAGAGCCAGAAACCUACAAGUCCUGGGACUAUGUCAGCAAGAAGAGCGACUACGAGCCCGCCCACGACAACGACGUGCACAAAGCUUUCAAGCUCUACAAGGGUGUGCAUGUGCACCAGGAGCUGCUGGAGGAGGGCGCCAGCACUCCGGAGGUGGAGAGCCAGAGCCUGGACACAUCAUCAAGAUUGUCCCAAGACCUGAGCCCUCGCCAGGCCUCUGCGGACAUGGACAGCAGCCUCAGCCAUAGCAGCAGCAGUGGCAGCACCAGUGACAGCUCCGGGACCACCGAGGAGGAGGGACCUCAGGCAAAGGCGGACAGCAUCAGCUCCAGCAGCACCCACGAGGACAUCUCAAGUGCCAGUGCCGAGAGCCCAGAGGAGGAAAGCCCUAGUCAGAGCAGCGAGGAGGCCAUAACCACCCCCGGAGCGGCUGACAGCCAAUCAGAUGAGAGCGACAGUGAUGAGAGCCUUUUAGAGGAGCCAGUCCUCACCACCGACCUGCCUCUGGUCAUCACUGCAAAAUAA